CACCCAGCAGCAGCGACUGGUAUAAGCUGGAGGAGAUGCCCAAGAUGCAGCCUCACGCUCGCUCUCCUUCUGUUCUACAGUCUACUCCUUCCAUCUACUCAUCAAUCAUCUACAGUAGCAGUAGCAGCAACAGCAACAGCAGCAGAUGCACUACGCACACUUCAUCACCAUUCUCUUAGCAGCAAGUCGCAUCGAGGCCAAAUGGUCAGACUGGCACAAACGGGCUGCAGUGCCCAUUCUGACAGAGACGGAAGAAGUCGUUACAGUCUGGCAUACAGCUUACACCAGCUGUCCCUGUGCAAGCACCACAACAUCCGCCUCAACAGGAGCGACGCAACUGCCCUACAACAUUGUCGCUGUCAAUGGCGGCGGACAAGCGGCGAAUCAAGACGCAGUGGUAGUCACAGCGACACAAGAUCCCGUACUUGUCUUGCACCCGACGCAGGCGCCGCAAGACCCUGACGCAGGCAUCCUUGAUCUGACCGUCUCUACCACAACUGUCGAGGUCACAUCAACAAGUACGGUCAUUGUCUAUGCAGACGAGACAGAGGCUGCAGCGAUAUCUGUACAAGCUGGUACUGCUGGUAUGGCUGGACUACCGGUUGUACCGACGUCAAGCGUAGCUCAAACAACAACCUAUACAGUCAUCGUCACAGUCACGGCAGAAGAUGCGACAAGCAGCAGCAGUUCUUCUACGGUCAUCAACACGAAUGGUAUUGCAGGUUUCGCUCAGACACCGUCUACGACUGUACUGCCAUCUAUUACGCCAAGCAUCAGCAGCGUCACUGCAACUGUGGCAACAUUCGCGGCAAGUAGUGGCAUUGCUGCAUUCCCGGGCAUUUCAGCACUCUUGAGCUCCAUGUCCGUCUCGUCUGCAUUAUCUUCUACGGUACUAUCUGUUUCAAGCACGCUCGCCGUUUCUACUGCGUCGCCAUCAUCGCCAUCGCCAUUGUCAAGCAGCAGCAGCAGCAGCAGCAGCAGCAGCAGCAGCAGUCAAGGAACAGCCUCUGUGCUUGGCCUCGCUCAAAGUCCAUCUGCUUCACUCUCAAGCACAUCCAGCACUCUGUCCCAAACAUCCACAUCAGUUUCGGCCAGCAGCAGUUCAAGCGCGUCACUCAGCGAAACAACCACGUCAAUCUUGUCGACGACAUCCACCACGAUGAUGCUCCCUUCUAGCACUCUUGCCUCCUCGACAAGGACAUCGACAAGCGAAUCGAGCAGUUCAAGUGCAUUGCCUGCAUCGUCGCUGACCAGCUCCAGCUCCGGAAUCGCAUCGCCAUCUGGAACAAGCUCAGCAGCUGUACUGCCCAGUGCAGUAGGUAUGGCCAUCCUGCCUUCCAUGGCAGCGCCUGUGCAACAAGCCAUCAGCGAGCCAUCCUCAUCAUCCACGAUGACAACGCAGUACAUUUCCUCAACGACAGAAUCUGUUUCGCCAACAAUGACGCCACCUGCAGCCAUGGAUCCUGCUCGCUUCAUCUCGGCAACGUACACGAUUCGUACAACUGUCACCGCGGAGUAGAGCACUCACUCACAAUUCUCACCAUUCGUUCCUUUAGUCAAUUCUUUUUGUUAGCGUAGGCGAAAUUCAUCUCCCUCAACU